AUGCAAGAAAGUGAUAUAAAAGAACAAUCUUCUAAAGAUAAAAAAAGAGCAUUUGAAAUCAAUGCAUUGAAUGAUGCUUUGGAACGUGCAAAUCAAGCAAAGAAUUCCAAAGCAGCUCAAUUACUUCCGCGUCAUCUUCGACGUCGAACAGCAAGUCACAAUGUUAAGCGUUUACCUGUUAGAUUAAGGAAGAAAGCUAUAGAAGAAAUGGAAUCAUACAAUACAACUUCCAAAAAAUCAAGCAGACGUAAAAAAAGGAAACCUGGAUCAUUGGUUAAUGAAUAUAUGAGAAGACAAGAACAUCCAAAUGAGAAAAGUAUCAGAUCAUCAUAUAGAGCAAGUGAACAUGUCACAAUUAUUCAUGAUGCUUCAUAUUUUGAAUGGAUUAAAUUAUCAGGUGAUCAAGAUACAUUAAUAAUGUUGAUGAAUUGUAUGACUGAUCCUACUAUUGCAUCUGUAGGAAGUGAGAGAUAUUUAGGAGGAAGAAGACAAUGUUCCACAUAUUUAUAUGAAUAUCAUAAAUAUCCAACACAUCUUAUAUCCCCUAUUAAUUUAUUAUGGGAUCAUAUUAACAGAAAUAUUUUAAUUUGGAUUCAUCCAAUUCCACCACGAACAAAUACAAUAUCUAAAGAAUCAGAAAAAUCAUUACAAGAGAUAUUAACGAAAUGGCCAAAUAAUGUUGCAUCAACUGAUUUAUGGAAUAAUGAUUUAAUUAAUUUAUUACGUUCUACUAAAAUAUCUGAUGGUGAAUUAAAUAAUCGUAGAAGUCAAUUACUUAUACCAGGUCAAAAAUUAUUAAGGACACCCAAUGAUUCGGUGAUUCCAAUAUUAUUAAUCCAACGUGAUGGACUUACGGAAUAUAAGAAAUCAGAAUAUAAAGGAGGAUGGAAUCUUAUAAUUCCAACUGGUUGGGGAAUGGAUUUUUGGAAAAGUUUUAUAUUUGCGGGAGCUUGGGUUGGUGGUUUACGUGAAAGACAUACCAAUCAUUUUGAAUCUGGUUUACCUUGUUUUCCUUAUGAUUAUCCUAAUACAAAAUCAUUUAUUAAUUAUACUUCUAAAAUAAUAAAAAAUGAAUUAGAGAAAGAAUAUCAUAAACGUCCACCCGCUAAACGUGUAAAUUAUAAGAAAUUUAAAGUUGAUUCACCUUUUGAACCAGCAUUUAAUAAUUUAUUAUCCAUUGAGAACAAUUACUUUGAAAAUAGUUUAAAAGAAGAAAAUAUCGAAAAGGGUGAAAAAGAUGAAAGAGAAGCAAAACUAAUAGAUAUUGAAAAAAUGGUGGAAGCUGAUAAUUUGAUUGAAAUGAUUGAAGAUGAAGAAGAUAAAAUGAAUGAUGAUGAUGAUAAAAUGAAUGAAGAUGAUAAAAAUGAAGAUAAUGAUAAAAUGAAUGAAGAUAAUGAUAAAAUUAAAAUGGAGCAACGAUCAUGGUUGUUAUUGGAUUUAACUAAAGCACUUAUCAAAGUACGAGUUAAUUUAUUAGCAAAUGGAAUACCUAAAUAUAAUGCUAUUAUUUAUAAAAAAUUAAAAGAUCUAUCAUUAGCAUCAGAUAUAAUUGGAUAUGUCACAACAGGACAAUUCUCAUUUAGUCAAGGUCAUGGAAUUGGAAUUGGAAGUUGUUCAUUAACAGGAAUUCUUGAUUUAAUUAAAUUAGAGAAAAUGUAA